GACAGAGCCCCAUUUGGGACCAAAGAAGAUGCCCAGUGGACUCUCUUGACCAAGAGUGACAUUUUCACUCUUGAAAGGCUCAAUUGACUCCAUAACAUUUGCCAAUAGAAAUGGAGAGGAAACGAUGGGUUUUCCACAAAGAGUCCAUGAAUCCCUAGAGGAAUGAAACGGGAUUAAAAAGUGAAAUAAAAACUCUUGAGAAAAGGACUGGGAGAGAAAGACAAACCUUUCCCAAAGAAGAACCUUCAGAACUAAUGCUAGACUGCACCCCAUAGAAAUCACCCCACGAGACAGCAAGAAGUGCUAAGAACCAAACCAAAAGAUGGCCAAAAAAGAGGAAAAUGUAAGCUGAUUUUAAAACGCCCUCACACAACUGACAGCGGUCCAAAAGGGAGAUAAUCUGAGAAUGGUCAGAGUCCCUGAAAUCCAUGUGAGGUAAAAAACCUGAGCGUGACCUUUCUCAAAAUAAGUGAACUCUUCAGAGCAUUUAGGAGCAGAGGGUUUUCCCUCUUUUGUAAAAAUCAAGGGAACUCACUGAUCAUCUGAGAGGAGCCCCAAAAUGGAAGUUCUGGGAACUAGGAAAGAAAGUGUCCAGAAAGCAGCUGGAGCACCGGGUCGCUGCGGUCAGGAUCACGCCAGACUCGGCAGCUUCGGCGAUUUGGGAGAGGAGACCUCGGAAUGGUCUCCAAAGCAGUGGGCGCAGACGUCGGUGCCAGCGGGGUCUGUGUGGAUGGGAUGGGAGACUGCUGUGCCCCAGAAAUAAUGGAGGGGGGGGCAAGAGGCUGCACCCCAGAAAUAACAGAGAGGGGGGCAGAAGCUGGGAUGUUUCAGGGGCUGCCUUGGGUUACUUUGUGUCUGUUCCUGUGUCUCCAUGUGACUGAGGAGUCUCCUCUGCAACAAUGUAGCCAGGAUAGCAACUGUCACUGAGAAGUGGCGACAAUGUAGCCCCAGUGUGGCCCCGGGCUUGGGAGGCCGUCAGCCCGAGGAAGGAGACAGACACAGCCGGCGCCAUGGCCGCCCAGGAGCUCCCUGCAGGCGUGUUGGGCAUUCUCUGGCCUCUGUGCCCGGACAGUGUGGCCGGACUUGGAACAGCUGGCCACCGGGGGCUUGAGCCUGAUGCGGUCUCGCUGGAAGGAGCCAUUUGUGGAGAAGUGGGGCUGCAGGGCGCUGGGUUGGCCCGUUUGGGAGCCGCUCAGUUCUGGUCGCUUGUUCUCUUGCCUGCCUGGCUGCGUGUUCAUUGGCUUCCUUGUGCUGAACGCCCCGAGUUCAGCCGGAGCUCUGGGCCACGGCCUCGAGGGCACAGAGGGCACAGAGCGCGCACCUGCUCAGCUGUCUGCGUCUGGAGCGUGCUGUGUGUCUGCUUGAGCGGCUUCAUCUAAGGAGUUUUGGGGAGAGAGCGCUUGUCUUUGGCUGUAAGGACUCUUGCUCCUGCCGAGUAGCAGCCGCUGACUGCGCCCUUCCUUUCCUGCUGUUCCCUGCGACUCCUGGGUGCCCGGAGAGAGUGCAUCAGACCAAUGAGUCUGAGGGACCCUUACUAGCUACGUUUCCCCAUCUGUAUGCAAAAGGUCUCACGGGUUUGAAAAACAUCGGCAACACUUGUUACAUGAAUGCGGCUCUGCAGGCUCUUUCUAAUUGUCCGCCUUUGACCCAGUUCUUCCUUGAUUGUGGAGGACUGGCCCGCACGGAUAAGAAACCGGCCAUCUGCAAGAGCUAUCUCAAGCUGAUGACAGAGCUCUGGCAUAAGAGCAGGCCUGGAUCUGUUGUCCCGACCAAUUUAUUUCAAGGAAUUAAAACUGUGAACCCAACAUUUCGAGGUUAUUCCCAGCAGGAUGCCCAGGAAUUCCUCCGGUGUUUAAUGGACCUGCUUCAUGAGGAACUCAAAGAGCAGGUCAUGGAGACUGAGGAUGGGGCCCCUCCCGGGCCGGCUGAUGAGGCCAUGGAGGACGAGAAGAGCCCCUCGGAGAUGGACUUCCAGUCGUGUGAAUCGUGUGGGAGCAGCGACAAGGCUGACAAUGAAACGGGCCCCCGCGGCCUGAUGGAGGACCACAUGGAGACCGCCAUGUUAAUCCAGGAGGAUGAGAACAAUCCCAGCCCCGGGAUGAUGAAGGAGAAAGCUCUGGGUCACAAGGUGGGCCCCAAGAGUCCCGAGGAAGACAUGGAGAAAGACGUGGACACCUUGUCGGAGAUGGUGGACAUUCUAAACAGCCAGGAGACCGUCAAAGUGCAGAUACACAGCCGGCUCACAGAACAUGCGCCCGAUAGUCACUCCAAUGACCAUCUCCCAUUGAGCGAAGGAGCCCCACGCUUGUCCACCAGCCCUCCCAAGUCGAGCUCCUUGUGGUCAGGAACCACGUCCGGCCACAAAAGAGCGCUGCCAGCCUCGUCUCCCAAGAGGAAGAAACAGCAAAAGCGGUAUCGGAGCGUCAUUUCGGACAUCUUUGAUGGGACGAUCGUGAGCUCCGUGCAGUGUCUGACUUGUGACCGGGUGUCGGUGACUCUGGAGACCUUCCAGGACCUGUCCCUGCCCAUCCCCGGCAAGGAGGACCUGGCCCGGCUGCACUCGGCAAGCCACCCCACCGCCAUGGUGAAAGCGGGCUCCUGUGGGGAGGCGUACGCGCCCCAGGGCUGGAUCGCCCUCCUGGUGGAGUACCUGCGCAGGUUUGUUGUCUCCUGUGUCCCUAGCUGGUUUUGGGGUCCAGUAGUGACCUUGCAAGAUUGUCUCGCUGCCUUUUUCGCCAGAGAUGAGCUCAAAGGUGACAACAUGUACAGCUGUGAACGGUGCAAAAAACUGAGAAAUGGAGUAAAGUUCUGUAAGGUGCAGAAGUUCCCUGAGAUCUUGUGCAUCCACCUGAAGAGGUUCAGGCACGAGCUCAUGUUCUCCACCAAGAUCAGCACCCACGUGUCCUUCCCUCUCGAGGGCCUGGAUCUCCAGCCCUUCCUUGCCAAGGACAGCCCGGCCCAGAUUGUGACCUAUGACCUGCUGUCAGUCAUCUGUCACCACGGCACCGCAAGCAGCGGACACUACAUCGCCUACUGCCGCAACAAUCUCAAUAACCUGUGGUACGAGUUCGAUGACCAGAGCGUGACCGAGGUCUCGGAGGUAACUGUGCAGAAUGCAGAGGCCUACGUGCUUUUCUACAGGAAGAGCAGCGAGGAGGCCCAGAAGGAGCGCCGGCGCGUCUCCAACCUGUUGAACAUCAUGGAGCCAAGCCUCCUGCAGUUCUACGUCUCCCGGCAGUGGCUGAACAAGUUCAAGACCUUCGCCGAGCCCGGCCCCAUCUCCAACCAGGACUUCCUCUGUGUCCACGGGGGAGUCCCCCCACGCAAAGCCGGCUACAUCGAGGACCUAGUGGUGAUGCUCCCUCAGAACAUCUGGGACAAUUUAUAUAGCAGGUACGGGGGAGGCCCAGCCGUCAACCACCUGUACGUGUGCCACACCUGCCAGAUCGAAGCCGAGAAAGUGGAAAAGAGAAGGAAGAUGGAGCUGGAGAUGUUCAUCCGGCUGAACCGAGCCUUCCAAGAGGAGGAGUCCCCGGCCGCCUUCUUCUGCAUCAGCAUGCAGUGGUUCCGAGAGUGGGAAGGCUUCGUCAAGGGGAAGGAUGGAGACCCCCCCGGGCCCAUCGAUAACACAAAGAUUGCCAUCAUCAAGGGUGGGAGCAUCCUCCUCAAACAAGGGGCCGACUCGGGGCAGAUUUCCGAAGAGACGUGGCACUUCCUGCAGUCCAUCUAUGGCGGGGGCCCCGAGGUCAUCCUGCGUCCGCCCGUGGCCCCCAUCGACCCCGACGCGCUGCAGACGGAGGAGAAGAUCGAGGUGGAGACGCGGGCCCUCUGAGCGGCGGGAGGCCGAGCGUGCCGUCCGUGGAAGGCCGUUCCGCUCGCACGCCGUUCCGAAAGCAUGGUUUUUUUCUCGCUUUUCUCCCCUGCCCCCACUCCCUCACUGGGCAUUACAGUUGUGGACGCGUGUCGCAGCUUGGCGUCUCUCUAGGUGAUGCUUUUAAUGCUAAAUAAUUUACUGUGAAAUCUUUCAAAUGUCGCGUUUGGAAAGGGACAAGCUCCGGAGCUCGAGGUUGUUCAAUCAGCGGACAGUAGGUCAUUGAUCUUUUUGUACCACGUGGAAACUGAUAGUGUCCUUUGUAGACUUGUAAAAUAAAAUGGCUUUUCAAAUGUUUCUCGAACCCUUAUCCCACGCUUCUGAGCCCCGUGGAGCGCUCCACCGGGGGCGCCCAUCUGAAACGGACCCUGGGGGGCCUUCAUGGUGAUCCCAAGGUCGGAUGGCCCCAAACUCAGGAAAGGUGACCCCUGCCCCUCCCUCGGCACCGCGGCGCCCCCGUGACGUGCGCGGACCUCGGCCUCGCCUGCUCCUUUGGAUGGACUUGUCCACAGAUGUAACUUAUUGUCUGGACUUGUCAACGUCAACGUGUCGAUCCUGGCGAGCCCAAAGAACGUCACAUCUGCGUUGGCGCCCGUCAAUCUUUAGCAAGUUUUAGGGUAAUUUUCUUUUGAGAGCAUGCUGUACGUGAUGUGCACCCAUCGCCCUGACCACCCUGAAGAGCGCCUGGAGAAGCUUGGGUUAGUGCGUCAACGGUCCUCCUGAGCAGCCUCCUGCCCCCUCGCGGCACUGUCACGUGACGGCCAAAGCUGGGUUGACGGUGGGAUCGCGUCGCCGGUGACCCCUUUGGGAACGUCGGAUGGCGCCGGUCGGGGUUGUUGGAAGAGGGACCACUUGUUACCGCUACAGCUCCAGUGACGUUCUGAACCAGCUCAAUAAAGCGAUUUUUAAAAACA